GGCGAGACUCUGUGUUGGGUGCACCAAGACGCCUUCUUACUACCCUUGGCAGUCUUUCGAGAGACACUUCACCCUUUCCUACCUCGAAAGACGAGCCUCUACCGAGUCUUCCGGUUCCGCACCUCGAGACUACCAUGCAGAAGUACCUGGCCCAGGUGGAGGCUAUCAGCCCGACUCAUUUGGACCGUGCCAGGAUUCUGGUUCGCCAGUUUUUGUCUGGACCGGGGCCAAAGCUUCAGCAGAAACUUCUGGAACGCAGGCAGACUACUGCUAAUUGGGCAACAGAGUGGUGGUUGAAUGACAUGUACAUGUCAAUACCCCUGGCAUUACCAAUAAACAGCAAUCCCGGUUUGGCAGCAAAGCCAAAAGUUUUUCAGAACCAACAGGAAUCUGCAGUUUUUCUGGCAAGAUUUUUGAUGCAGCUCCUGGACUAUCAGGAAAAAUUGGACAGGAAAGAGCUUGAAGUGGAGCGUGUAAAAUCACGUGAUGGCAAAUCAAUGCAACCACUGUGUAUGGCUCAACACUAUCAAAUCCUCCGCAUAUACCGCAAGCCUGGAGAAACAGUCGAUGAACAAAUAAUACUCGACAGAGCUACUUCUGGUGAUCAUAUUAUCGUCGCUCAUUACAACCAAUUCUACAGCGUCCCGGUGAGAGCUUCCGAUCGUGACAGAAUAACGGAAGCUGAAAUGGUACAGCAAUUGCUGAAGAUAAUGGAGACUCCCGCGGAUCCGCGAACUCCUCCCGUGGGUGUAUUGACGGCAGCUAAACGACCGGUUUGGGCACGAGCACGUCAAGAAUUAUUGAAAAAUGAACGAAAUCGGCACAAUCUUGAAUUACUCGAACGCUGCCUUUGUAUCGUAUGCAUCGACGAAGACGUAUUGCCAGUAACAUUUAACGAGCCUUAUAAUAAAACAGAUCGGUGGUUAAAUGAUCGCGAUUAUGCAAAUGUUUUACACCAUUGUUUACACGGCGGUGGCUCGAGACAUCACGGCGCUAAUCGUUGGUUCGAUAAAACAUUCCAUGUCAUCCUUGGCAAGGACGGAAUGUGGGGUAUGACUUACGAACAUUCAGCAGGUGAAGCACCAGCAAUAUUCAACGCUUUUGAAACGUUAACCGACAACGUUGACGCAAUGCCGCCUCCAGAUAAGUUAGUGCCAUCACAUUUGCCAUCACCUGAAAAACUUGAGUGGCGCUUGUCUGAACAGAGUUUAAACGAUAUUCGUGAAGCUAUGACAACUUUUGAUUCAAUGGUCGAAGAUUUGGAUCUCUGUAUCCUGUGGUUCCAAGAUUACUCCAAGGAAUUCGUCAAAAGCUGCAACAUCAGUCCUGACGCUUACAUUCAAUUAGCCCUUCAACUCACUUACUUCAGAUUACACGGCUGUUUGGUGGCAACUUAUGAAAGCGCGGGCAUCAGAAGAUUCGCUCAAGGAAGAGUUGACGUAAUUCGUGCAGCCAGUCCGGAAAGUCUUGAGUGGGUGAAGGCGAUGUGCCAGGGCGACCCUGACAGUUCUUUUAAUGAUUUACAAGAGGAAGGCACCAAAAGAAAGCAACGGAUAAAGGAGUUGUUUGAUUUGGCCGUGCAGAGGCAAGCCAAAGAAAUCGCGGAUAACAUUAAUGGGCUGGGUCUAGACAAUCAUCUAAUGGGAUUGAGGUACGUCGCUAAAGAAAUGGGAGAGAAUAUACCGGAGUUAUUCAACGACGAGAGUUUCAAUAUUAUCCAUCACUUCGCUCUCUCGACUUCGCAGGUGACGACCAAAAACGACGCUAUUGUAGGUUAUGGACCAGUAGUACCCGACGGGUACGGAUGCGCAUACAAUCUCAGGAAAAAUGGCUUCAUAUUUUCCUGCUCCGCUUUUCACAGCGACGGAAGAACAAACGCACGUAAGUUUGCACAAACUUUAGAGUUAAGUUUACGCGACAUGGCGGAUAUGUUGAAGAGUUCACAGAGCCGAUAAAUUUUAGUUACCGACUGUCGGUAAUUAUUAUUUAUGUCGUUAUUACAAUGAAUAUAGACAUAUCAAAGUUUACAGAUGACAGUUUAGUAGAAAGUAGAUUGUUGUCGCACUAAUAGAUGAUUUAUUUUAAACAAGUAAUUAAUCGGAGAAAAGAGUUAAUGUUGAAUAAAAGGUUAGAGUCUUGUGGGACAAGUGGGCGCACUAGUAUUUUUUUUUUUUUUAUAGUUUUAACUUACAAACUAUAAUACUUUUGUUUAUGAAAUAUAUAAUAAUAAACAUUAAAUUGUAAUAAUUAACGUCAGAGCCGAUUGCUCCGAAUAUUUACCAUGACGCAUCAAAUAUUGACCGCCUAUGUUCCAAAUACUGACCAAAAAAAAAACCGCCUAUGUUCCAAAUAUUAAACAAAAAAAAAAUUUAAUGGAGAUUUUUAAAAGCGCGUCAACACUUCUAAUAUACUAUUGAGUCGAAAUAUCAUUAAAGUUUGGAAAAUUUAAAAGUGCACGCCUCAUAGCGCUCAUUCAUUUUUUAA